AUGCAAACACGUCCAACAUUAGAUACAAGUUCAAAUAAUUUAUUUACAAAUAUUGAACGGUUAGGUACACGUGAUUUAUUAUCCUAUGGACAACUUUCAAAUGAUACUAUAUUAACAUCAAUCCAAAGCAAUAAUACAUUACCAUUAUCAGUUAAUGUUCAAUUAUAUAUCUAUCUGAUUUGUUUUAUAUUACUUGAACAAAGAACUAAAGAAUAUAAUGAAUUAUAUAUAAAUUUAAUUGAACGUAAUUAUAAAUUAAUAACUAAAACUCAUGCAUAUACAUUAUGUUUAUUUUUACUUGAAAGUCAUGAAGUUGAUUUAAAUUCAUACGAUAUUGGAUUAUCAUUGAUUAAAGAUGAUAAUUUAACACAAAAACUUAUAUCAAUUAUGUUAAUACUUUCACGUAUUUAUACAUUAUUACAACGACCAAAUAAAAAUACAAAUUCAUUAAAUAAUGAACAUGUUAAUAAAGAACAAACAAUAAUUGAUAGUUCAUCAAUAAUAUCAUCAUCAGAUAAUAUUCUUAUUGAACUUGUUGAAGAAUUAUAUACACGUACAAAGCAAUCAUCAACAUUACCAUAUGAAGCUUUACUUUUAUUACGUUCUUUAUCAUUAUUACUUGCACACAUUAGUUUUUUUUUUCGUGCUUUAAUUAAUGCACGUUAUUCAGCUAAAAUUAAUGAAUGGACUUUAUUAUCAAUAACAAAUAUUGCACAAAGAAAAUCACUAUGUAUGGCCAUAUAGGAGUUAACUUGUCUUAUGUUAAGUGCAUGUCUAUCACAGGGUGUGGGUGUGGGUGAAGACAAGACCUAUAAUGAUACCCACACCCACACCCUCUUAUGAGUAAAAUUCUGCCUAUGGUUAAAUAUUCUUCCUAGUUUUCUUUUUAAAAAUUAUCAAGACCUACACAUACGAUUAAAAUGUAUUUGACAAAGAUAAAUAGUAAAAUAGUAAUGAAAAACAAAAACUCUUUAUUGCAAUCCAAAGGAAUGACGAUCAAUACAAAAUCAAUAAAUUUCACCAUGAAAUGUCAAAAUGAAUUUUCAUAGAUAAUAUAGUA